CUGGUGAGUAGGGCGGCUUGUGCGGCUCUAAAACUCUUAACGCCAUUUUGAAUAGAAGAAUAUGACUUUUUGCUUGUAUGUGAGGGUCGGAGUCCGUCGACAGUCUUGUGAUUUGUUUUAAUCAGGAGCGUAACAGAGUGCGUCAUGUGUGUGACCUGGAAGAGAGAUAACUGUGUGGCUGUGACAGAGACUGUGGAACAGAGUUAGUGCCUGAGAGCUGCUGCUUUACAGGAGCAAAACAGAUUGUUAGUGUGUGUGUGAGAGUGUGAGUGUGUGUGAGAGCAGUUAAACUCCACGAAGAGCCUGAGUGACCCUCUAAGGUAUUUGUGUCCCGAGGAGGUGCUGGUGGGACGCGGACUCCAUGCUGAUUAAUGCUCGUUCGCUCCAUGCCCUCUGCAGUCUGCCACUCCAAUGCCUUUCUACUUGUGCAGAAGGUGUAAUUAAGGAUUCACUUAUUUCAUCUGCUGGCACGUGGGUUCUCUUGCAGCCGUUGCCAUGUUUUGGAAGUUUGACCUGCACACCACCUCCCACAUUGACCAGCUGCUUGAUCGGGAGGAUGUGACUCUGAAGGAGCUGAUGGAGGAGGAGGACCUGCUCCAGGAGUGCAAGGCACAAAACCACCGACUCCUGCUCUUUCUCUCCCAGGACCACUGCAUGCAUGAGCUGGUCACCCUCAUCACAGAGGAACCAUCUUCUGACCUGGAGGAGAGAACGCGCUUCAAACUUCCCAAUAUUGCCUGCGAUCUCCUCACCUCUGAUGUGGCCAUAAUUAAUGACAAGCUGGGUGGUGAUGUAUCUUUGCUGGAGAAGCUCUACAGCUUUCUAGAACAGGAUCCACCUCUUAAUCCACUGCUGGCCUCCUUCUUCAGCAAGACCAUCGGUAACCUGAUAGCACGCAAAACAGAGCAGAUGAUCUCAUUCCUGAGGAAAAAACACAACUUUAUCAGCCUGGUGUUGAAUCACAUAGAUGUGUCCCCCAUGAUGGAUCUGCUCCUUCGUCUCAUCAGCUGUGUGGAACCAGCGCCACUCAGACAGGAGGUUCUCAAUUGGCUGAAUGAUGAGCGAUUGAUUCAGAGGCUGACAGAGCUGAUGCACACAGGGAGAGAUGAAGAGAGACAAUCAAAUGCGUCCCAGACUCUGUGUGACAUCAUUCGUCUAAGUCGAGAUCAGGCCAAUCAGAUCCCAGAGGCCGUGGAACCAGACCCGUUACUGGCCGUCCUGGAGUCAGAAGAGAAUGUGGCACAGCUUUUAAAGAGUAUGUUUGAGAAGAUGACCAGUGAAGCCUCUGUUGUCAACGGAACUCAAGUGCUUCUGACAUUACUGGAGUCACGGAGGACAGGGCUGGAGGGUCUAAUGGAACUGUAUUCUCAGGGAUGUGAAAGGUCUUACACUGUCAACAGCAGUAUUCUACGUACUAUUGAGCCUCAUUUAAAGGACUUCCAACAACUUCUACUGGACCCUCCUAAGAAAAGUGCAAUACUCACAACUGUUGGUGUUCUGGAGCAGCCGCUGGGGAAUGCACGCCUUCAUGUGGCCAGACUGGUGGCCUCUUUGCUACAGACAAGUGACGACAGCAUCUGCCAAGAGCUCUGUAGACUUAACACCAUGGACCUUCUGCUGGAUUUAUUCUUUAAAUACACCUGGAAUAACUUCUUGCACUUUCAAGUAGAGAUGUGUGUGACAUCGAUUCUGAACCACUCAGCACACAUGGGUCUGCACUCUUCGAUUCUCCAGGAAGAGAAGCCGGAGUCAGACGAACGAAAUGGCAGCACAGACACAGCACACAUGUGCACCCGUGAUGCCUUGGUGGCCAAUCUUUUCCAACAGUGUCACUUGGUGCAAAGGAUUUUGGACGCCUGGGAGGAGAAUGACAGAAUUCAAGCUGACGGUGGGACCAGGAGAGGUAACAUGGGUCAUCUGACUAGAAUCGCCAAUACAGUGGUUCAGACCCUGGAGAAAGGACAUGUGCAGUCUCAAAUUAGUGAUCUCAUCAAAGAGCUCCCAGAGGACUGCAGGGGGCGUUGGGAGAGUUUUGUGGGAGAAACUCUUAGAGAAACAAACAGGAGAAACACAGUAGAUUUGGUCAGCACACAUAACCUGCAUUCUUCUAGUGAAGAUGAUGACAUGGAGAGCCCUUUCCCCAAUGAUCUGUCUAUCCAACAGGCAUUCUCUGAUUAUCAGAUUCAGCAGAUGACUGCUAACUUUGUAGAUCAGUUUGGCUUCAAUGAUGAGGAGUUCAGUGAACAUGAUGAGAAUAUCAAUGCUACUUUUGAUCGAAUUGCUGAGAUUAACUUCAAAAUUGAUGCAGAAGAUAAUAGUGCCAGUGCUGCUGCCUUUGAGGCUUGCUGUAAAGAGAGAAUACAGCAGUUUGAUGACUGUGAAGAAGAAGAAGAUAUUUGGGAGGAUAAAGAGAUCAGCUAUGCAACUCAAGUAAAGUCCCGAUCUAGGUUUGGUGUGUCUUUAUCUUCAGGAAGCUCACCAAAAGGUUCUGUGAGGAAUGGGAUGCAGGGCUGCGGGUCGGCCAAAGAGGAUGAAGAUGAGGAAGAGAAGAACCGGGUCUCUAUUCAAACAGCAACCAGCCCAAAAUACCCCAUACCACAGACUCCAGAGAGUCCUGUGUCCACAGCCGAUUUAGAUGAAAUGAAGGACACUUCAUGGGGCUCUGCCUCCAGUCAGGCCAACGAGGAGCAUCAUGGUACAGGAUGGGCCCAUUUCACAGAGUUUCAGCCUUUCUGCAGCUCCAGUAACACUGAGAACAAGUCUGAAAUGAAAGGCCAGAAGGCUCCUCUGCGCAUCUCAGGCUGCAGCUCUUCUGGAGACUCGGGCAGCGAGGAGGAUGCGGGAAAUUACAUGACUGAGGAUGCAUCCAAAGCAACAGACAACCAAAAAGCAGCAGCAGCUCAGGCACUCAGUGAUGCACCUGUUGAAUUGGAAAAGCUCACUAUUACAGAUGCAGCAGCCCCUUCAGAGUCGCAGACACCCGAUGCAGAAAACACCACUGUGAUAGACAAGAGAUUUGAGGCACCUUCUGAACCCACACCCAAUGGACCCAUCUGAAGGCAUUUAAAGUGAAGCCAGACAAAAAAAAUCCGUUUUGUUCCCACUUUUUUCCACUUCAGUUCUAACUCUCAAGAAAAAAAAAAACAAAAAAACAAUACCACUUUUGGUGUUAAAGUAAAAAUGCUGCCAAGUUGUUGAACAUGGACACCACCAAUCAGCAUGCACCACAGAAGGAGGAGGGGAUGUGUAGCACACACCCAGUAACAGAACAGUGCUCACAGGAAGCUUUUAUUUCUUUCAACUUUGUAUGAAAUGUGCGGUUUUUAAUGUAGCAGUUAUGUUUUUUUGUUGUUGUUUUUUUUUUCAGUUACAAAAUCAUUAAGCAUUCUAUUUUUUUUUUUGUUUAAUUUCCCAUUUAAUUAAAUCAUUAUUCACCUCCAUCCCACGCACAGUGAGAGAUAUAAAAGGUGUUAUAGAAAGCACAGGAUAUUGAAUCAUUAUAUAAUGUCUCACCCUUGUUUUCACUUAAAUGACAUUGUUAAUAAGCACUUAUGCAAGACGUGUAUAUAAACACAUCAUACCGAUUGUUACAGAUAGUUUUGUGAUGUCUGUAAUAACUUUCCUACACCUCCUCUCAUCCACAAUAAAACUCACGCAUGUAAAUUUAAUCCGAACCAAACAGGGCUAUAGUAUCACAUCUCGUUAUGUGCAAUAAUGACAUUUCAGCUGGAGAAUUUCAUCCCACACUGUUAGCAUUGAUAGUGUGGUGUAAUUUUUCAGGUUCUGAUCUUUUUGCAGAGCAUUAUAAAUUGUGUAUACAAAGGCGUAUGGUUUCUGGUCAGCAUCCGUUCUUGGCCUUCUGGAUCUAAAAAAUACAGACAUUUUUUUUCUCUUUUUUCAAAUCAAGAAGUUUCAACAAGUUUGUUUGUAUUUUCAGACUUUCUGCUUGCCUUCCCUUGCCUUAAGUCUUUAAACUGAUGUCGUCUCAAUCACAGAAUUGAUUAAGUGGUAAAUGGGAGUAGUGAAGUAGUUUUUCACUGUACCAGAGUGUACCUGAUCUCCCAGUCUUCCUGUUUCUCCACAGUUUCAGCUGAAUAUCCACAGGAAAGGCAACAGUGACACUCAGACAUUAAAACUUAUUGUGAUACUUAAAGAACAAAAAUGCAUUUUUAAAUUAAAAUGACCGUUCAUUUAGUUAUCCCAUGUAAAUCUCUAUGUACUUGUUUCUGCACGAUCUUCUGGCUCGAUGAUGUUGAUCAUAUCCCAAAGCUUAGGAUCAUAGGUUUCUCUUUAGUCCUUUAAUUGUAUUAUUAUUAUUAUUAUUAUUAUUAUUAUUAUUAUUAUUGCUUAUGUGUGGGAAACUCAACCACUGCUGUAUAACUCUUUUUUUUUUUUUUUAAAGCUGUUUAUUCUCUUCCUGGAGAAAAGAAAAGAAGCGGGGGAAAAAGCCUUCCUCCACUGUGUCUAUCUCACAUUUUCAAUAGGUUUGUUUCCCAAAGCCAGAAUAUGUUUAGCCAGUAAACCUUUAUUUAAAACCAUAAACAGCAGGUAGAAAAAGAAAUUGAGCAACGCUUUUCAGGUCACCUAAAAAUAAUCAAAAAAUUAGAUUUUAGCAGCUCUGUUUGUCAGUGGGUAGACUGGGCACACAGUCACUCUGAGAUUGAACACUGAGAGUUAAACUGCCUUAACUUUUAGCCAAACAAUUGAAAGGUGCAUUGAAUAUCCAGUAGUGGAUCCAGGUAGAGGUUUAUCAUCAAAUUUUUUUCAUCAAAGAUUUAUUUUUGUUUUUUUCCAUGGUUAUGCCUUAUAGCCAUAUCUGAGUAAUGCUACAUCAUUUAGCUUCACAAGAUUGCAUUAUAUUGAGAGAUGAAUUGGGUUAUGGUUGUGUACUGAGAUGCAUUUCCUCAUAAAUUACAGCCAGAGAAAAAAACACUGAGGUUUGGAUUCUCAAGGUCAUAUAUACAUAUAUAUAAAUGAUGUAUGUGUAUUUUUAUAGAUAUUUUGAGAUUUGUUUGAUAAAGUUAUGUUCCGUAUCAUGAAUAAAUCAUAAAUCUGUUAUCAUGAGAA